AUGUUCUUUACCUCGGCUGAUUUAGUGGUAGCUGCAUUGUUUGCAGCGCUGCUGCUUUUGCUGCUAGUAUCUUCAUUUUCUACUUUUGGCUACCAGUGCUACCAUUACUGCAAGAACACUGUGACGUUGCUUGCCCUGAAACCGGGGGUCGUGUCCGGAAUUGCUGCAGACAAGAAUUUGAUCGCCAAGAAAGAAUCUGGUCCGGUUACCAAAGAGUCAUCCGAAUCAUCGCAGACACUUGACGACGCGGACGUUGACACGAAAGGUGAGAAACGAUGCGCGUUGAGCAGCGCGUCAUUGUCUUUGUCGUCGUCCGCGGUGUCGUUCUGCCUUUCCUUGGUCUCUGAGGAGGGAUCAUUUGCUGAGUGCGAACUGUGA